GUGAGUGGAUGACAGAUGUAUCGUUUUAUUGUAAAAAGUGGCACGUUUAAAGGUUGUCUUUUUGAAAAAUUUAAAAGCUGCGAAUAACGUGAGUGCACUGCAAGGCGGUGAUGCUUCAACCAAUCACGAAAGAAAGGGCUUAUGUUUGAAUCGUUUGAAAAUUUCUAAAAUGUGAAGUAAACUUAGGUGUUAUUUAUGUCUGCUCGUCCGCGGAAAUUCGUGAUGAGUUCUAUUUGAACACCACCUAUUAAACUACUUGACUUAAACCAUGUUCUGUGCCAUCUACGACUUACUCCGCUCGUUAGGGUUAUUUUUAAAUUGUAUGCUGUAAAUUAUCUCGAAAUUGGCCACUGUUAAUAGUGUAUUACAUGUAUUUUUGGACAGUGCAGCAUAAUGGUGUCGGGUGUCAAGUGUGAAGAUGCCGAGCUUGCUGAGACUUUGCGCAAAGAUGACCCUGAACAAUUUGUAACAUUAGUUCGAAUGCAUCUCUCAUUUGUGCUUGACUUGAAUACUGAUGAAUGUGAUGGCACUGUUGAAAAGUCGGGAAAAUUUAGACCUAUGAAAUGGAGCUUUACACCUUUUGCUAAGAAAUCUAAAACUCUGAACCGUCCUGCCACAGAGGGAGUCUCAUUAACUCAGGAUAGUAUUUCUCAAGUUUAUCAGCUUAUGCAAUGGCUGGGCCAAGAACAAAAUCUUGUUCAGGAAGGAAUAUUUCGCCGAAGCGGAAAAAUGACUAGACAGCAAGAGCUCAAAAAUAUGUUGACUGCUGGGUGUCCUUUAAAAUUGGAGGAUGGUCAAUUUUCAGUUCAUGAUUGUGCAAGUGUCCUCAAAAAUUUCUUAGCACAGCUCCCGGAGCCUUUAUUAACUGAAGCUCACUAUCCUGCUCAUUGUCAAAUUGCUGAGCUGUGCUCAGGAAAUGAGGAACCAGUUGAAGAAGAAAGACUACUAAAAGCAAUUCAACUCAUUCUGCUGCUCUUACCUCAAGAAAACAUGCAGCUUCUAAAAGACUUGAUUGGCUUGUUACAUCUUACUUCAACCUAUGCCCAUGUGAACAAAAUGUCACCUGACAAUUUGGCCACCCUUUUUACACCUCAUCUUCUUUGUCCCAGAAAGUUGAGUCCUGAGGCCUUGCAUACAAACUCACAAACCAUGUCCAGAGUUGUUUCUUUUAUGAUCAAACAAGGACCAUUCCUUUUCCAAAUACCCGCUCAGCUAGCAACAGAUAUUAGAGCAUAUUGGUCUACGCGAGAGAAAAGAGCCCUCCUUCCUAAGAGAGACCUUAAUGAAAGUACCUGUGAUGGAAUGGCAGCUAGAACUGUUUUCACAUUUGUUGAUCGUGAGCGAACUGCUGAGGCAAGUGCAUCUGCCAAUCCAACAGAAGCAGCCCUUGCUCAGCUAUAUGCUCAUAUUCAAUCUCUUCCUGAGUCUACUAAGAAAAGAAAGCUCAUUAAACAGUUCAACAAAGAAAAUGGACAAGGAACCCCCCAGUUGGUAUUAGGUUCUCAUGGUGGUAGGGCCAGUAGAUCAAGACAGCGAGCUAUUAUUCCCAACAAGCCUAGACAGCGCAGCCGCUCUCUUGGAGAUUCCAUCAAGAAACACAUGCCAGGGUUUCACAAGGGGUCCAAAGAUUCUAAGAAGUUUAAUGAUGACUACUUUGUGAAGGAGUCAACCGAUAGUCCUCAUAGUUCCCCUGUUUCAAAGGUUAAGAAUUUCUUCCAGAAGAGUGUAAUUGAGGGAGAUAUCUCAAUUUCUUCACCAGCAGUGAUGCCAUUGCUAAAGAAAUCCCUUAUUGUUGAUGCUGAUGAUGAAGCCAAGUCUCUCCGACUGAGAUUGUCAGCCAAUGCAAAGAGAACCCCUGCGUCUGCCACAUCUCAAAACACUUUAGUUGACAAAGAGGACUGUGGCUCAACUUCUAGUAAUGACUCUAAUUCAGCAGGUGAUGAGCGCUUUCGUAAUGUGCUCAAACGAACCACUUCCUCUAUCAUUCAUAGUGAUAGAAACGGUGAUUCUAAAGACUGUGGUCCAACAAAAUCUCCCCGUCUCGAACCUGGUUUUCCCCUCCUUUUGCCCCCCACUCCCUCUGUUGAAAGACUUCCAGUCAGUCCUGAUGUCAAACAUCCACCAGGUACCUUUAGAGAUGAGUCGUGGCCUGUGAGUACUGCCUCCGCAUCUGCUGUGGUGUCUGCUUCAUCCUGUGGCAACCUUUCUUCUAUUGGGCUCCCUAAUGCUCACAUACUAACACCUCGAAAUGUGCUUGCCUGGAUGACAAGUACUCCUGCAUAUGCACGUGCUUGCCAACAGACUGACAGUCCUCUUGGUAACUGCCUACUAACACCCUCCAAUCCCACUGGUAAUAACUCCAUGUCUCCCAUAACUCGCUCCACACAGAAAAUGCCUAAAGCUAUGCAGGAGGAUAUGAUGACACCACGCAGUCGGAAACCUGUCGUGGCAUUGUCCAGCUCCAACUUGUCCCAACUAGCACACUUAGGCGGGUGGGGGCGUUCAGGGUCAGGAGAGCUGAGAAGAGACGCUACAUCUCGAGCCACAUUACUCAGCGAAGCAGGAGCAUCCCUGAACUGCAAACUUAUGAUGAAAGAGGAGAGUUUUACCGAGCAGGAUGCAAUUGAUGACGUGAAUGACAAUCAUUCAAUUCGUAUUCCAAUUGAGAAAAUGCUUGCCAAAGAGGUGCCAAAAGAAUCGAAAGUGGAUGCUACAAAGCCUGAAAAUCAGGUAUCUAUUGGAACUGAAGGCUGUGAAUGCUGCUCUGAAGAGAAGUGUGCUAAUUGUAGCACAGGAAAUGGUUCAUUGGAUUACUACAGUUGCAGCAGUGAAGGCAGUGCUUUAACUGGAACAUUCAGGGAAAUAGUUUUGAGUCGUAGUGUUCUGACAGCAAGCCCGGUUGACCUUAGUUUCUCCAGCCAUACUGGUGACUUUGAUUCCUCAUCUGAGCGGGAGGUGAGACUAAGCAAUGUUUUAAGUAAUGACAAUCUGAGUGAAUCUUUACUGUACUGUCUAGACGGUAACGAACCAUCCUGCUUGAAUGAAAGUAAAUUAUCUUCCAAUGAUCCUGAUGAAAAGACUGACAUUUCUCACAGAGUAGCAUCAAAUGUAAGUGAUAAAAAGACAGUAGACCUUGAUUAUGAAUCAUCUAGUGUGGAAGCUGAAAAUGAAAGGAAUGUUUCCUGCACUGUUGAGUGUACAGAAACUAGUUGUGGAGAUUCUCCAUUAAAACCAACAGUUACCAAUAUUUUAAAAGAAGCUAAACUUGAAGAGCAAAUUUCCUCUGCACCCAAUGACAUAACUGGUGUCAGCCAAUUGUCAAACUCAGGAACAGACUUUAAUAAUACCUGUGUGCAAAGUGAGAUUGACCGGUGUUUAUCAGAGAGUGCAGCUGUGGGUUCUGUUAAUGAAACAUCCUUUUAAGUUCGAUAUCAAGGUGUGUUAUUUUAUUUUAUAUUUUCAUCUUCUAUUGGUGUUGGUGCUUAGUUUCUUUAAAUUGAAGAAUUUAGAACUUAAGCUGUAUCCUACUAAUAGAGAACUUUUGGUUGGUACUACACAGGACAUUGUUAGACUUUUUCUCACUUUUUACUUUGAGAACCUCUGCAUCUUUGAAAUUUCUGAAGGUAAUCAAGUUCUUUAAUACCCUAUAUUAAGUAGACCUUUAAUAAAAUUGUUCAUAAAUCAUUAUUAUUAUUAGCAUUUAAAAAAAUCUUUUAUCUAUCAGGUGCUUUAUUGCAAAUACUCCGGUUCUCUUCUUUAUCUUUCCUCUAUUUUAAUUUAAAGAUCACUGGUUUUUCUUUUGUAUAAAACUUUGUUAUAAGUUAACUUGACAACCAGCUUUUGUAUAACAAGAUUGAAGUGAUUACUUAUUUGUUGUAGGACUUUGCCUUACAGGCCUAACAAUUUCUUUUUUAAGGAAGAUUUAUCUAUUUUUCUAUUGGCAAGAGGAUGUUGUGUUAAGAAAAAUAUAACAACACAUUUUUGUGUUCAGUGCCUUGUAAAAUAGACUAUUUAAUUUUAUGUUAAAAAUUUUAACAAUGCAAUAAAUGUGAUACAAAUUUA